GUUCGCCUGAGACUGAAAGAGGAUUCUACUCUGUGCAACUUGUAUCAAAGGGAAGGUUCUAACUGCCCCCAUCCACCCGGAGCUCUGCUACAAGCCACAGGACGGGCUAUGGCUACGUCUAUACUUGGGGUAAGUAACAUUCUCCACUCUCUAUUCUUCCUACAUUGUAAUAUUUAACGAUGAGCUUGAUUGAUGCCCAGAACUUCCAAUUACUAAGGUGACAGCUCUUUCAGAACAUCACAGACACUUUGUGUCUCUUUAUCCAAAGGAAACACAACUCAACAUCCACCAAUACGUCUCAUGAAAUCAACUGACCGAUUGCUUUGCUCCUUCCAAAAAUAAUGAGUGCAGGCAAACUCGAUCUGGACGAUCUGUGAGCAUUAUUUGAUCCCAAGGCUGUCAAAUCCAACAGCUGCCAAUGUGUCUCUUUUUUUUUUUUUUUCUUCGAUACUAUGUUUUUUUCCCCAAGCUGUGAUAUGAUCCUAAAUCAUUGUUAUUUGUUUAUUCGUUCCCAACAAUGCAGCGCAAAUGGUAUCAUUUCUCUUAGUCCCCAAACCAUUUCCACAUCAAUAAGUGCAGCCGGUACUUAUGUAUUAUUUGGCUCUGUGGUUGUCUUCUUAGCCUGAAAGAGUCUGGCACAGAAAUCAGAGGACAUGGAAGAAAACAGGUCCAGAUCCGACUAUCUUGAUCCUCCAUAGGACAUGCCCCCUGUCUGCCUUGCAUUAUCUAAUGCCCCUGGAUGUGAGCAGAUCAGGGCUGCUUCCCAUUAAAUCUCCCAAUUUCUUAUGGCAUUCUUCUCCUGGCUGGUGGUGUCUAACAGAAGGCAUGCAAACUUUAUAGACUUGUUUUUUUUUCCAUUCAUUUGUGUUUGUUAUCCGUAUAUUUUCCCCAGUGUCUACAAAAUGUUAGCCUUUAUUUAAAUAAUACAUAUUAUCAUAUGUAAAUAUAAUUAAUAUAUUUAUAUCAUGACAUAUUAGUGAUAUUUAAACUAAUAUUAAAAGCAUGAAUGAAUAAUAAAGUGUGUGUGUAUAUAUAUAUAUAUAUAUAUAUAUAAUUCUUUUAUAAUAUAUUAUAUAUUUACAUAUACAAAUAGCAUAAAUAUUACAAAAAGUCCUUAAAUACUGUAUUAGACUUAAUAAAUAUUCCAUGAAUCUGCAAGACACGAAUUGUGCUAGCAUGUUAUUUUAGUAUGAAUGUAGAUAAUUAAAUAUCAAUAAUUGUGGAAGGUCACCCUCUUUAUUUAUGUAAUAUGUCACAUGCAAAAUUAGUUUGCUGCAAAUAGGCAUUUGUUGCAGUGUGAUAUGAAUUAGCUGCGUGCCUUAAUAUAUUCCAGGCUUUGACAAGGUUAUUUUACAGUUUAUGUUAAUAAUAAAUUGUAAAUGUGGUAAACCUAGUGCAGGUUCACAGCUUAUCAGAUAAAAGUGCUCCAUUGAGUGCCUUCAGAAUGGGCAAUUUAAUUUCGAUUUCACACUUGUUUAUAAAUAAAUCCUCAUACAGUAAACAAAAAUCCAUUAUAAACAAACAAACAAAAAAAGUCAAAAACGAAACCGUUUCAUAGCAUUUUUUAAAUGCAGAGAAAAUAUAACCCAAAUGAAAAUAUAAAAUGCCAAUUCAGUGCCCACCUAAAUCAGCAUCUAGAUGUAUUUCACGGAGAAAUUCCAUAUAUUAAUUUAAAAAAAAAACAAUACACACUCUGGAGUUUGGGUUUAUUCCAACCCUCAGAGCACUGUUUUAAUACUAUUUUACAUUUUUCUUAAACCCAGUAAUGUCACUUUCUGUAUAAGCUUUAAAAAGGUCCCAUUUUAUAAUACAUAUGACCAAAUAGGUUUGUAGAAGUUCCGCGUGUAUGUGACAAGGAGAGGACAUUUAGAACGUCCCCCCUGUGUUUAGGAAACUAUAGCUAAACUCAUUGUAGAAUGUUCUAAUCUGAACAAGUAAUUAUUAAUGUAGACGUAAAGUUCAUGUGCCAGGUGUUAAAAGUCUAUUUUAAUGGCAGUACACUGGUUUGGGAUUAGAAGGGGGCAUUUUCAAAGUACCGGUAUCCCAGAGAUCCGGAUUAAACUCCUGGUGUAAAUACAUUGUACAUCCCCUAUGGGGGAGAUCACACCUGAGUUACUUGUAUAGAAUUGCUAUAUUGCACAUUAAACCUGUGUUUUUUUAUAGGCAAUAACACACUGGAACAUCACAUCAUAACUAGUUAUGAGGAAGGGGGCUCUUGGCGAUCACAAAUAUUUUAAUUCACAGAAAGGUACUUAUAGGACAUUAAACCUGGAAUGUACAUAGUAGAUGUUAAACCUGUGCUGUAAGAUAUAAAGUGAAACAGUGUAAAGGUAUAUACAGUGAUACAGUGUACAUGUAUGUAGAAUGAUACAGUGUACAUGUAUUUAGAAUGAUACAGUGUACAUGUAUAUCAAGUGAAACAGUGUACAUGUAUAUAGAAUGAUACAGUGUACAGGUAUAUAAAAUUAUAGUGUACAUGUAUAUAGAAUUAUACAGUGUACAGGUAUAUAAAAUUAUAGUGUACAUGUAUAUAGAAUUAUACAGUGUACAGGUAUAUAAAAUGAUAGUGUACAUGUAUAUAGAAUGAUACAGUGUACAUACAUACUGAGUAUUUUACAAGUUAAAUGUCAGAAAAAAACAAUAAAUGACACAUGCAGCAUUACCCCUGUGCAGAUUUUUAGGGAUUGACAAAUUUUUGUGAUCAGGAAGAUCCUGUUCAUUAAUUUGUACUUGUAUUAUCCAUGUAAUAUUGGUCUCCCCCCUCCCCCUUCCCACCUCCCCCUUCAUACUUGUCUCCAAUAAACGCAUUAUAAAUGUAGUGUUGACCAGGGAAGACAUUAUGAUGUGGUAUCAGAAUGUGACAAGUUCUGUGUUUUUUGUCCCCCAGGAAGAGCCGAGAUUUGGAACUACCCCCCUGGCCAUGUUGGCCGCUACCUGCAACAAGAUCGGUAACACGAGCCCCCUGAGCAGCCUCCCGGAGUCCAGCGCCUUCGCCAAGGGAGGCUUUCACCCCUGGAAACGCUCCUCAUCCAGCUGCAGCCUGGGCUCCAGCCUGGGGGGCUUCACGGUGGCCACCAGCCGGGCUUCCAGCGCCCUGAGUGGGGGCACAGCCUCCGCCAACAGCGCUUUCUGCCUGGCCUCCACCUCCCCGACCUCCUCAGCCUUCAGCAGCGACUACAGCGGGCUCUUUUCGGGCUCCGCGGGGGUGUCUCCCCAGGAGGCCGCCGGACAGUCCGCAUUCAUCUCUAAGGUGCACGGUGCGGCCGAGGGGCUGUACCCCCGCGUUGGCAUGGCUCACCCCUAUGAGUCCUGGUACAAGUCCGGCUUCCACUCCGAGGUGGCCAACGGUACGGCCUGGUGGGACGUGCAUGCCGCCAGCCCCAGCACCUGGCUAGAGGUCCAGAACCCCCCAGCGGCCGCAGCAGCCCUCCAGGGGGCCCUCCAUGCAGGGUCCCCUCAUAGCCAGCUCAGCGGAUACAGCCCGGACUUCAGCUCCCUCACCCACUCAGCCUUCAGCUCCACCGGUCUGGGCUCCAGUGCAGCCUCCCACCUGCUCUCCACCGGCCAGCACCUCCUCACCCAGGAGGGCUUCAAGCCUGUCCUGCCUUCCUACCCGGAUUCCGGCAGCUCCAUGCUCUCCGGGGCCUCGGGAGCCGCUGGUGGAGCCACUGGUCGCUCCGCUCGCCGAUACUCAGGGCGGGCGACUUGCGACUGCCCGAACUGCCAGGAGGCGGAGCGGCUGGGCCCCGCGGGGGCGAGUCUGCGGAGGAAAGGUCUGCACAGCUGCCACAUCCCGGGCUGCGGAAAGGUGUACGGCAAGACCUCCCACCUCAAAGCCCACCUGCGCUGGCACACCGGGGAGAGACCCUUCGUCUGUAACUGGCUCUUCUGCGGGAAGAGGUUCACCCGGUCCGACGAACUCCAGCGGCACCUCCGCACCCACACCGGCGAGAAACGCUUUGCCUGUCCGGUAUGUAACAAGCGCUUCAUGAGGAGCGACCACCUCAGCAAGCACAUCAAGACCCACAAUGGGGGCGGCGGUGGGGGCGGCAAGAAGGGCUCUGACAGCGACACGGACGCCAGUAACCUGGAGACCCCCAGAUCUGAAUCCCCUGAACUCAUCCUGGAGGGGGUCAGGCCGGGCAAAGAUUCUGCCAAUGACUCUUAGGGGUCCAUGGGAUUCCUUCCUGGGGGUGCAGCCACUCCUGGGGACUCGCUAUGGGGGUGGAAACACUUCUGGGGUGCAAGAUAACUCUCUAUGGGGGUGCAACCACUUCUGGGGUAAAGGAGGACUCUCUGUGGGGGUGCAACCACUUCUGGGGUAAAGGAUGACUCUCUAUGGGGGUGCAACCACUUCAGGGGUUCAGGAGGACUCUCUGUGGAGGUGCACUCACUUCUGGGGUGCAGGAGGACUUUCUAUGGGGUGCAAUCACCUUUGGGAUGGAGAAGGACUCUCUCUUUGGGGUGCAAGCAUGAGGUACAAGAAGACUUUCUUUGGAGAGUCAACCACUUCUGAGGUGCAGGUGGACUUUCUAUGGGGUGCAAUUCACCCAGUGUCAGAGUGACUCUUUUCUUUGAGGGACCAGUCAUCAGAAAGGUUCAGAGACACUUCUAUGGGUGCAGCUCCUCUGGGUUGCAGUUUGACUGUUUAAAGAACCACUUGACUCCUUUCGUGAGAUGGUUCGACCUCUUUAUUCCUUGGUAAGCUGGUUCGACCUCUUUACUCCUCGGUGAGGUGGACUGUACUGGUUUGUAAAAGCAAAAUGCUAAAUCAGAAAAAAUACUGCAAAGCUAUACAAAAAAAGAGCAAUAGGAGCAGAUGUUUGAGUACAAGCACUCAGACCUUUUGUGAUUUUUUUCCCCCUUACCCCUCAACCUACUUUCAUGGUUUUAUUGAAAAAACAACAUGAACCUCUAAUUCAACGGUGGAUUAUGGCACUAACAAAACACCCCUUCUUUGUGAUCCAUUUCCAAACCAUUUUAAUAUUAAAGAAACAUUUUUAGAAAAAAAUAAUACAAAAUAAAUUAAAAAAACACAAGAUCAAAAAGAUUUCAAGGUGAGAAGUUAAAGCAUUGAGGACAAAAAAGGAAAAAAAAUUGGACAUUUUUUUCUGUUUUUCCUAUAUCCUGUAUAAAAAGGUUGCAAGAGGUUGUGUUGAUUUUCCUUUUUAACUGUAAAUGUUUACGCGACGUUUUUUUUAUUAUUUUUUUUAUUAUUAUUUUUAAAAAAAAUUUAGUUGUUUGUUUGUUUGUGAAUUCCUGAAAUUCAGGAGUUUCUUUUCCCCCUCCUUAAUUUCCGAUGCACUUUGUGAAAGUCAAUAUAUAUAUGUAAAAGAUAUUUAAAAUGUUGAUUUAACAUUCCACACAGACGUAAAUUAAAAUCACUUAAACAAAUAAAAUGCGUUUAUCUGUAUUAUAAAAAAACAGAACACAAAUUCUUGAUCAUAUUUGGAUUUUCUUAUUAUUAAAGUAUUCUGAUCAACACGUUUGCUAUUCCCUCUUUCCAACAAGCCUUUAUAUAAUUGAAAACAAAAAAUGCCUUAACAAUUG